UGCGGACCAGGAGGGUCACUCCAUGACGCAGCGACGCACGCAGGGCGUUGUUCUUCCAUAAUGAGACACUUUAUAACAGCACGUCAGCCCUGGCAUCAAUCUAGUCUGAGAGCGACUUGUAGGACUGAGGGACUAACCGCUGCUUCUGGACUCAUUUGGGAAAACUUGCUUUUGCGUCUUGCGAGUCUGAACCUCCUGGUUUUUUUCUUGUUUUUGUGGGAAUACAAGCUGCGCGCUCUCAAUCGUCUGUAAAGAUGCUGCUCCUACUACUGGGAAUCAUCCUCCUGCACGUCGCUGCUCUGGUUCUCCUGUUUGUGUCCACAAUAGUCAGCGUCUGGACGUCAAGUGAAACUAGCACCUCAGACCUCUGGAUAAACUGCACUGCUGCCAAUGGAGGAUACCACUGUGACCCGGCGUCAACUGGAGAGUGGAUCCAGGCGGUCCAGGCUCUCAUGAUCCUGUCCAUCAUCUUCAGCUGCCUGUCCCUCUUCCUCUUCUUCAUCCAGCUCUUCACUUUGCAGAAGGGCGGACGCUUCUUCCUCACCGGAACCUUCCAGAUCCUCGCCAGUUUGUUCGUGAUGAGCGGAGCCAUCAUCUAUACGGUGAUGAGUCCGGACUGGGUGCCGGAGGAGAGCGCCUUCGGCUACUCCUACAUCCUGGCGUGGGUCGCCUUCCCGCUGGCGCUGAUCAGCGGACUCAUCUACGUCAUCUUGAGGAAGCGAGAAUGAGCCGUCACUCAAUCCCAGUGUUCCCAGUAACCCCCCCCACCACCACCACCACCACCACUGCAAGCGUCACCAGUCCCCCCUGAGGCGUCGGCUCUGACGCCUGAGUAACAAUGGAGCCACCAGGCCAAUUACAUCACAGAGAUUGGGGGGGUUGUAAUACCAAAAAAUCAACAUGCAAACCAACACAAAAACAACCAAUACUGUCUCAGUUAAAAGAUGUAUAUAGUAUCUAUGGUUUAAAACCUAUUUAUAACACUUUUUACAUAUAUGUACAUAGUUUUUGUGUUGCUCUGUCGACGGAUACUCGUAUGAGCUUUGUUUCAGCUGAUUAAGUGCCUCGUGUUUGUUUGUAAUGAUGAAAUAAUUAGAUGCUACUUUGUCGUGUUUCUUCGUCGCCUUUUUUUGUUUUGUUUUGUUUUUGUUAAAUUGCCAAAUAAUGAGUAAAAAAAAAAAGUUUCUUGGAGUAUAUUAACCAAAGUGCAUGUAUAGAAAUAGAAGGAUUAGAAGAUUACUUUUUUCUUUCUUUUUUUUUUUUUUUUUUUGAUGGGCUUGCUUUACAAAAAAGAGUGGUAACAUCCGUGGACCUAGCGUUAGCGUUAGCAUUAGCAUUAGCCAUGAAGUCACAGAUCUGGUCCUUUUUUUUCUAUUUGUGAAUUUGCAAGUUUCAGUUUGUUUUUAUUUUAUUUUUAUUUUUUUUUUCAGUAUUUUUGCUAUUUUCUUAUUUUCAACAAAAAAGAUGGUGCUAUGUAUUUAUCAUUCCUAUUAAUGACAGCAAAAAAUCAUUUUACGAACAGAGUUACUUUUUGUUUUUAUUGUUUUUCGAGUCGAACGGCUCGCCAUGAGUUAAAGUGAGAAUCAGACAGAGGCGCACCUGUACGUACAGUGGCUUCUCUAGGGAACACAGCCGGUUUCACAUUGCAGUGUCCAAUUUAUUGUUCUUCUUCAUCAUCAGCUACUGUAAAAAAAAAAAAUAAUAAUAAUAAUAAUUGAGUUUUGGGGUGGGUUUAUUGAUGAAGUCGUUUGGGAAUGUCAGUAUUAUGUGAAGACAGUGAAGUGUCUUUGUAUACGCUUCGUUUCCCCCUCGUUCUGAUGUUCGUGUUCGCCUCUGCUGAAGCCAAAUUGAACACCAAAAGAAAACAACAACCGUCACAGCCUGAUUACAAAAGUCCACAUUUGCCACCAAGUUGAAGCCAUAAAAGAAAAAAACACCAACGCGAUAGGAUGAAACAUUUAGUAUUAACUCUACAUGUGAGUGAGAAAAAGGACGGAGAGGUUUGCAGUGAUGAUACAAAUGUCUGUUUCACAUACUUGAAGUUUGACACGCUGCCCACUGACGUCGACAUGUUUUUGGUUUUUUUUGUCUUUUUGUUUCCUCUUCUACUGUAUAAAACACUGUUUAUAUGUUGUGCAUAACAGACGUGGAUGACAAUCUUAGCCAAAAAGAAAAAAAAAAAGACACUCACUUACUCAAUAAAAAAAACUACUCUCACAUUAUCUAACAUUGUGUAUUCCACUGUUGCAAGGGACUGGAUUCACGCUAACACUCGAUGCAUGAUGAGCAAAUAUUACGUAAUGCAGAAAUUCGAGUCAUUUUCUGGGCUGCCUGUGGGAAAAAAAAAAACACAAAAAAACUGCCAGUAAACGGGGAUAGACGUAAGAUGUUAAAAUGAAAGAAUCAUUUGUGGCGGUGAAUCCGUUAUGAUUGGCGGCAGCUGCGUGUUCGUGGAUCAAAGAUGUCAGCAAGUGAUAUUCGGCGUGUAAAUUCCCGGCCGAGCGAGUUCUACCUUUUGCGGCACGCGAUCAAAAUCGAGCUGCCUAGUGCACGCGGUUGCAAAUGCUGCAUGCGACUUGUGUUACACGCACUGGGCGGCACAGGCAUUCAAAACAUGCAGCUAGUGUUUCAGUGUCAACAGUGUCUCUCUCCCCCCCAGCAUCAGAAUUAAGAGGACUUCUUGGCCGCGUCUCGAACACUGUAAGCAAAGGGUCUGUCCCGCGCUCGCCAUCUCCUGUGAGCGACAUCGUGGCGAGAUUAAAGUAUUUAAACUCAGAGCUCACACUAGCCAGUCUGCUGUGGUCCUUUACGCAUGAUGCUCAUGGUUUGGGUUCAGUUAGAAGAGAUCUCCCUCUAAUGACAACUGCCCUCCUCCUCCUCCUUUUUUUUUUUUUGUGUACAACGACAAAAAAAAAUGUUUAUGCCAUGUUUACACCUUAAAACUUCCAGAUGCUCUCUUGAUGUUACCAGCUUUGAGUUUAAUCAUUAAAGGAUGUUUCUGACCACCA